GGCAAACUGCCAGCCUGCAGCGUUUACGCUUUCGACUGUGUCAAUACCUGACAAAUACUGGGGGCACACGGCUUGGCAGCCAAUGGCCCAACCUCCACGCCGCCUGUCGCUGCUUGUGCCAGCUGAGCAAUAAGCAUUAAAGCCUGUACUAGUAUAAGUCACGGGCAGAUGGCUGACCCGGAGCUCCUGGCUUGGUGCCGGAAGCACGGCGUGGAGUUCGGGGGCAUCGAGGCUGCGUAUGUUGACGAAGGAUGGCGCGGGGUGGUGGCGACACGCGACUUGGCUCCAGGCGAUACAGUGCUCCGUGUCCCUGGCCGGCUGCUCAUGACCACACGAAGUGCACGCGCCGACCCCGCACUCGCAGCCGCGCUGUCGCGCCUGGCUGCGUCGCCUGACCCGGACGACGUGGCGGCCGCCGCCGCGCUCACGCCGCACCAACUGUUGGCCACGCACCUCCUGCACGAGGUCUCAAAGGGCCCCGAAUCCUUCUGGCACCCCUACCUGCAGCAGUUGCCGCGCUCCUACACAUCCCUGGCGCACUUCUCCGCUGAUGACGCAGCGGCUCUGCAGCUGCAGCUGGCGCAGGAUGUGGCCGCGGCGGCGGCGGAGCGGGCACGGGAGGAGUGGCAGGGCGCGCUACCCCUGCUGCGAGCUCUGGGCCUGCCCAAGCGUUUCGCGCUGCUGCGCUCCUGGCUGUGGGCGGCCUCCACGCUGCACAGCCGCACCAUGUUCCUGCCCUGGUGCCCCGCAGGCGCCCUCACGCCCUUCGGCGACCUACACAACUACGCGCCGCCGCCGCCGCCCUACGUGCCGCAGCUAGGUGUGGCAGAGGACCGGACGGCGGCGGAGUCGGCGGCCGCUGCCGAUGAAGUGGCCGCUGCAGGCAGCGUGGCAGCAGCAUCGGCAUCGGGAUCAGUUUAUGGAGCGGAGGGUGCCACCGGUGCAACCUGCGCCAAAGACGCAUCUACUGGCGCCCCGGGUGUGGGCGGUGCAUGCUGUGACAAUAGAGGCUCGAUAGGGGCUGCAGCAAAAGUCCAGGAGGGCGGGAGUGUGGGGAUGCAGGACGGCCCAGACCAGGGCUGCUGCAUGGCGCUUGAAUUGUUGCAGCUUGGGGCGGAUGACCCAGGCAAAAGCCGAUGCCAUGGUGCAAACGGUGUGCUGGGCAGGGCAGUGGAACCACGUGCAGCGGUGGCCUCGCCGGCAGAAGCAUCUGCGCAGAGCAACGCCCCGGGACCGGCUGAGCUGCGGCCACCGGGAAUGUUGGCCGACGUAUCGGCAGGCGCGGAGGGAGCGGAACCGGCGGCAGCGCAUGAGGCCGAGGACGCGGACGCCAUAGCGGGCGACGGCAGUUGGGAUGAGGCCCGGCAGCAGUACGUCAUUGUCGUGCGGCGGCGGGUGGCGGCGGGGCAACAGGUGCUGCUGUGCUACGGCCGCCACACAAACUUGGAGCUGCUGGAGCACUACGGUUUUGUAAUGCAGGAUAAUCCGCACGACACGGCGCCGCUGGAUGCAGCCCUGUUGCCCGUACCCGACAGCGCCCGCUACAGCGCUGGCGCGCCACCGCUGCCACCCGACGAGUGCUUCGUGCACGGCGGUAGCCCGCAGGCCCCGUGCAACACCGAUAACACUGGUGAUGGCAGUAGCGGCUGUGGCGCCCCCAGCUGGUCGCUGCUGCAUUUCCUGCGCUACUGCGCCGCGACGCCUGCGGAGCGGCGGACACAGGGGCACCGGCUGGCUGCGGGCGAGAGCAUCAGCGAGCAGGGUGACCGCAUUGCGUUGGGCUGGCUGCGGGCGGCCUGCAUGCGCCAGCUUGAGGACCUGCCUACCAGUCUGGCACAGGACCUGGAGGAGCUGCAACGCAACAGCCAGAGCGACAGCAACAGCAACAUCCAAAGCCGUAGCCACAGCCAAAGCCAGGAGGAGGGACCGGCACAGCGCAGCGCAUCGCAGUUGGGCGCCGGCGACAGGGCGGCGGUGCCGGCACCGCAAGCGCACGAUCGGCAGGGCGCCGCGGGCACCACUGAGGCGGCACAGUGUGAAGGGACGCAACAGGCGGCGGCGGCGCCGGCGGCGGCUGUGGCGGUGGCAUUAAGUGACGGGUUCACGUGCGCGGGGCUGGCGCUGCAGUGGCGGGUAACAUACAAACGGGCCCUGCAUGCAGCGAUAUCAAGGGUAGACGCGCUGUUGGGUGCGCCUACUGCCGAAGGUGCGGUCGCGGGGCACAGCCUCGAAGCGUUGCUGCAGAUGCAACGGCAGGGGCGAAAGUAGUACCGCAGGACUCAGCGGUUCUCUCUCAUGCCUUGAAAGGUCUUGGUCACACCAGAACCCGUGCAAAAUCAUUAUCAGUGCGAUUUUUGUGACGUCUCAAAUGCAGUAGUUGCAGGCUUUUUGAUACUCUAAAUAGUAUGCGAAUUAUUACGCUAGGCACGCCAGCAUGUUUAUCGCCAGCGCUGCUUGUUCGGAGGGCGCUGGAUGUACUUCUCGCACAAUGAGGGCUGCCGAAUGCCAAGUCUGUCUCUUGACAGUGUAGCAGUC